UUGAGAUUUCAUCGGGAAUUUCAAUAUGGCUGCUAAACAGAGAUGGAAAAUCGAAAAUAACAUAGUUUUGUGUUGUUUAGCUAUGAUAUAAAGAAUCAUGACUUGAAAAAAGAAGGAGAAAUUGAUAUAGAGUUUGUUAGGGUCUUUUUAGGAUGGGAUCCCAUAUUUUUGAUAUUCUCAGGCAGGGAAUAUGGGCGUCUGUCACAGGGGGAUGGUUCUUCGACCCAUAUCAAAAUAUAUUUUCGAAUACGUUUCAUCUGUAUGUGUGGAUGGGACUCUUGGUUUUCCCUUUCAUUCUUUACCUGACAUUGGAAUCGUCUUUAGUUGUUUGGACAAUUUACUGUGCCACGAUCGGAGUGUUUUUUACUUUGAUAAAGCUUGUCAACUUCAAACUUCAUCAUAUAUUUGAUACCAGUGAGUUCAUAGAAGACACACCCAAGGGAGAUAAAUCAGAAGACAAAGACAGUCAUGUCAUCGAACUCUGUAAUAAUGCAAAUGAGCCUGAACAGAUUGAGAUGGUCAAACUUCACCACUCAUCCUCGAGGCAGCUGGACAGUGAUAAUAACAACAGUGACCGCAUCAUCAGCCAUUCCAGUGUCGAGAUCAGAAGUGGGUCUGCCCCUCUAGCAGAGUUGGAGAAUGAUGACAUUGAUCAAAAACCCACAAAACAAAGAGACCCCACCCCACCAAGUAGUGACAGUAUUGUGGAAGGCAAAGUGGACGUGGAGAGAGGAGGGGGUCAUCCACAUCAGGUGACCUUGAAAGCAGAGGUCGAGAUCAACAGAGAAUUAUCAGAUGGAGAGGUAGAAAUUGGAGAGAUCAAACUUCCACCUAAAAAGGAGGACACCGACUCGGAUUUAUCUCCAGAUGGAGGACUCCGAAUCCGGAAACGUCGUAAGGCGGUGAGGCGGAGCAAGAGUGCCCUGGAUUACAGUCCAGAUUCCCCCAUACCCCGUGCGGCUAGAGCUUUUGAGAAAUUAGAUAGAUCUCUUCCUGCCAAUUUAUACACACAGGUAGAAAUGGAAAAAGAGAGUGAAGAGGCAGGGAAUUCAAGGAGUGGACAGGGGGAUGUGGAGUUGGAGGAUUUGGAAGGUCUGGAUGAGGGUAGGGUGUCACCUUACAAACAGAGGGUGCCCAGUAACAAGGCAUCUCAGCGGCUCCAGAAAUAUCGACGGAGUUACUCCGCAGAGGAAGGGGUACCACCAAGACCCACCACCCCACCACUCAGGGAGGUGUUUGACUCGGGAUUGAGAAACAGAUCAAAAACAGAAUCAAAAGAGAAAUCAAACAAUAACAGUUGUGAACCUUUUCCAGAACUUAUCAAAUUCCAUGCACCGGACAUCUUAGCUGACUUACCCGGGGGUAGUGGUGAUAAAAUAUCACGAACUCCCAAGGUCAGCGACAGUGACAGAUCUGAUGUAAGUGUGGGAGAGAUCAAUGUGCAGGUGAAAACAAGGGACAGAACUCCCAGCAAAAAAGACCGCCCAUCUAGUGCUGGGGAUAUCAAUAGAAUUAGUACCAGUGCCACAACAGACCCAAGUCUUACUACAAAGAGUGCUUCCAAGUCCACACGAUCAGGUGGAAUUGGUUCUAAGAUUGUGAAAUUUUUCCAGAAUGGGGGGCACACUAAUUCCCAGGAGAUCGCUUCUGAGCAGAGUAGCACUGUGGGACUGGAAUGUCUGUUCAGUACAGACACUGAUUCUACAGAAGAUGACAGUAGCCACCCAAAAGAUCACUAUCUAAGUGACUCCUCCAGUUCUAUGACCAACGAAGGGGAGAGCACUUUUGAUACCAGCCCCGAACACCCACCAAUGAAGUCCCGACUUCCUACCCAGAAGAAAUCAAUUCCAAACGAGGGGUCAGAUAUACCCCCGGAUCAUCCCAGUGAAACAGGCCAGGCUUCCUCAGGAUUAAAUGUGCUGAUGGUAGCUGAGCAUCAAGACAUUCCACCACCCAUAGAUCCACCGAUGGAAGAUAAGGAACUACAAAUACUGAAACAGCAAGGGGCCAUUCCAAAGAACUACCGCCGGUCACAGGCUGGUCAGUCUACAGAAGUUGUUCCCUCCCUAUUGUCUAAUCAGGCUGGAUUCCUUAGUCCUUUAAUGAUUGCAUCUGGGGAGCUGUCGGGGGAGCUGUCAGACACAGAAGAUUUCCGUCGUAAGAUUUUGGAGAUUCUUAGUGACUCCACAGACAACCCAGACAGGAUGAAGAAGUUAUUUAAAGCUGUGACAGAGGCCAAAGAUCGUAGAGGGAGCAAUGACUCACCUGGACAAGGAACGUCUCAGAGAAACAAGGAAGAGAAGACAGAAGAAGGGGAGAUAACCCGGCCCACCCCUGGUGAUGACCAGGAGGCUCAGUCCUCUAAAUCUACCACCCCCACAGAGUGCUGCGCCCUCCUCCCCGUGUCUAAAGAGAUUGAGUCCGCUCAAACUCAAUCCACCAAACUCAAUAGAAAAAGGGGGCGGAGAAGAAGAGGAAACAGAAGUCUAGCUAGGAGGGACACGCCCACAAUAAAAACGCCCGCGGGAAGCUCUGUCCACUCAGCAAAGGAUCACAACGAUAUACAGCGUCAGUGGUUUGGUUACACAUUUGAGGAGAAUAGUGCUGGGGUGGCCUUUGUGGCUGAGGACCUACCAGCUCACAUGGAUAAUAUGUUAGACAAGAGCUGGAGCAGCAGUGAUGGAUCUGGUAAUGAUGAUUCCGGCUCUACGGUUAUCUUAGACUCGCCAUCUGGAGCCAAGAAAGAAGACGCGUCUCUAGAUCCACUGAAUCCUAACAUGGCGGCAUUUGACAUUCCAAAUCUGAUCCGUAAUCGUGAUAUACAGCUCCUUCAGCAAAUGCAGCCAAACCUAAUGCUGCCAUUUCCCUGUGAUAGCUCGGACGAAUCUGACUCUCCAACCUUCCCAAAGACCAAAGAGAAAAAACCCAAACAUUUCUACAAAUUUCAGAUAUUUAAAAAGACAUUUUUGAAGAUUAGAUUUGAUAGAUUAGCCUUACUGGCUCUUUUAGAUAGAAACCUGUCAGUAAUAGAGAACCUUGUAACUGUGUUGAUUGCCAUCAUGGUGGGGGCCCUGGGGGCCUUAGUGCUCACCCGUAACUUCUACCACGACAUCUGGGUGUUUGUCUUCUGUUUUAUCAUUGCUGGCUGUCAGUAUUCUCUUCUAAAGAGUGUGCAGCCAGAUGCAGCUUCACCCAUGCAUGGAUAUAAUCGUUUAGUGGUGUUCAGCCGUCCCUUUUAUUUUUCCGUGUGCUGCGGCCUUAUGUUGCUGUUAGAUUACACCAUUCCCUAUGCCCCCACAAAACCCACCAUGGUGUAUGGUCUGCCAUUUGGCUCGGAAGAUUCACUGAUGUUUGCCAAGGAUCUCUUAAAAAUUCUAGUCCUGUGUCUGCCCAUUAUCUUUACCAUCGGUCUCCUUCCACAAGUCAACACGUUUAUCAUGUACCUGAUGGAACAGAUCGAGAUGCAUAUAUUUGGUGGAAAUGGAUCUAUCAGCCUGACUUCCUCUGUGUACUCAGUCAUCAGGAGUAUUAUCGGGGUUGCCUUUGUCUACGGAUUCUGCUUCGUAGCUAUAGAGGCUGGUGGCCCAGUUGUAUGUGAUAACAGAGAUCUCUCUCAGAAUGCAGUAUUUUCUGUGUUCUCUGCCAUAUUGGUAGCUGUCUCCUAUCACCUCAGUCGCUCAGCCAGUGAUCCCAGCGUUCUGUGGAUGCUGAUUAGAGAUUCAAUCUGGGACAAGGAGGCCCCAGAGUCUGCUGAGGAAGAACUUAUAGAUCCACUCCCAGAGAAACUCAAACAGUGUGUGAGUGAGCGUCUACAGUCAGAUCUACUGGUCAGUGUUUUUAUCCUGAUCAUCGUGUUUGCUGUCCACGUCAGUACGGUCUUCAGUAGCCCCGUGUUACAACCAGUACUGAGUGAUAUCCUGUACUACAUCGCCGCAGGCUUUGGGUUCCUAGUCCACUAUCUGAUCCCGAUGUUAAGGAAAGAAAUGCCCUGGCUCUGCUGCUCUCAUCCCAUGCUUUCUAAUCGGGAAAGGAACAUGUUUGAAGUCACAGUGGCCCCGGAGAUCAUGUGGUUUGAGAAGAUGUACGUCUGGCUACGUUUCUUUGAGCGGAACUGCUUGUAUCCAGUAGUCAUUCUUUGUGCCUUGACACAAUCUACUGCUAACAUCAUCUGUAAAUUCGGGAUCUAUGUGGGUCCAGUAAUCCUUGUCGUAUGUGCCAUGAAACUGCUGCGAUUCGCGUUUUGUAACACAUCAAAACAAUACCUCAUCAUCACAUUCACCGUUCUCUUCUUUAAAUAUGACUACCGCAACGCAUCCGAAACAUUCCUCGUAGAUUACUUCAUUGUCUCCAUUCUCCUCUCAAAGUUCUGUGAUUUAAUGCUGAAGAUGAAGUUUAUCAUCACGUAUAUUGCUCCCUGGCAGAUCACAUGGGGCUCUGCCUUCCAUGCUUUUGCUCAGCCAUUCAGUGUUCCACAUUCUGCAAUGUUAUUUGUACAAGCAGCAGUCUCGUCGUUUUUCUCUACGCCACUCAAUCCAUUCCUGGGUAGUGCCAUCUUUAUUACAUCCUAUGUUCGUCCAAUCAAAUUCUGGGAGAAAGACUAUAAUACAAAGAGAGUGGAUCAUUCCAAUACCAGAUUAUCAUCUCAACUAGACUGUAACCCAGGUGCUGAUGAUAACAACCUGAACUCUAUAUUCUAUGAGCACCUGACACGGUCCCUCCAGCACAGCCUGUGUGGGGACCUGAUGUUGGGGCGGUGGGGGAACGUAGAACAGGGGGACUGCUUCAUCAUGGCCUCGGACUACCUCAACGCUCUGGUCCACAUCACAGAAAUGGGGAACGGCCUCGUCACAUUCCAGCUCAGGGGGUUAGAGUUCAGAGGAACGUACUGUCAACAACGAGAAGUAGAGGCCAUCACAGAGGGAGUUAAAGAUAAUGAAGGUUUUUGCUGCUGUGAGCCGGGUCACCUCCCUCACUUCCUCUCGCUGAAUGCGGCGUUCAAUCAGCGGUGGCUGGCGUGGGAGGUGGUGGUGACUAAGUACAUACUGGAGGGCUACAGUAUAUCAGACAACAGCGCUGCCACCAUGGUCCAGGGAUUCGACGCUCGCAGAAUUCUACUCAAUUAUUACAUCAUGAGUAUUAUAUACUACACUGUGAGAUCCCCCCGCCUGGACACCUGGCUGACUAACGAGGCGAUACUGGAGACCCUGCAGGCCACAGAGGGGGAGGACUUUGUGGAUGUGGAUCCUAUCUUUACCCAGCCCACAGACGAUGACUACGACCCCAAACUGAAGGGCGUGUCACGUAACAAGUUCUGUAGUGUUUUCCUGGACUGGAUUCAGUACUGUGCCUCAAGGAGAGACAAGUCGAUUGACAGCGGUAAGAACUCCCCCCUGGUCUCCCUGUCCCUGUGUCUGGGACUCCUGGGGCGCAGAGCUUUAGGGACGGCGGCCCACAACAACACAACGGCAGCAGGAGCGGAGUUUUUCCUGUAUGGGUUACAUGCCUUGUUUAAGGGAGAUUUCAGGAUUACCUCCCCUCAUGAUGAGUGGGUGUUUGCAGAUAUGGAACUUCUCAGGAGAGUUGUUGCCCCAGCCAUCAGAAUGGCACUCAAACUUCAUCAGGACUACUACUUGUUUACUGAUGAGUAUGAGGACCAUGAGACUCUGUAUAACGCCAUCAGUAAUUACGAACAAACUCUAGUCAUCUCCCACGAGGCCGAUCCACAGUGGAGGAACGCCGUGCUUUCCAACACGCCCUCCCUACUGGCACUCAGGCAUGUGUUUGCUGACACUGAGAUCUCAGACAAAUACAAAAUCAUCAUGCUCAACAAAAAAUUCCUCUCCUUCCGAGUUGUCAAGGUAAAUCGUGAAUGUGUAAGAGGAUUAUGGGCCGGGCAGCAGCAAGAACUUAUUUAUCUACGCAAUCGUAACCCAGAAAGAGGCAGCAUCCAAAAUGCCAAGCAGGCUCUUCGUAACAUGAUCAACUCGUCGUGCGAUCAGCCGAUUGGUUACCCUAUCUAUGUGUCGCCCCUGACGACGUCCUACUCCUCCACACACAAUCAGCUCUCCUCAAUCAUCGGCGGGGAAUUCAUUCUAGCCAACGUCAAAAAAUUCUUCAAAAACACCUGGGUCAGGAUGCGUCGUCGGUGUGGGGCCACAUGUACUGGUGGCAGUGCCAGUUGUCCUGAUGAUCUACCCUACACAGUGGCCUGUUCACACACAGGGGCAGCUAUGACACUAGGAACCAGGUCUGUUUUGUCCACCCCUACCAAUCAACAGGAGAUUGGACUCCAGACUCUGGGUAACCGAGGAAGCUUGGUAUCUACAGCCAGCUCUGCCAGCAAACCAAACGCUCUGGUGACCCUGGCAGGGUUCAUCACCGAGACGACCACAAACAAGGAAACCCUCACACACAAAGUCAGAAUAAUGGACACAAAUUACGUGUUUGAGAACAUUAACCUUGGGAGGAGGAUCGACGUUCAGUGGCCGAACGAGGAGUGGAAACAAAACGGGGGUAAAAACGGCUGGAACGGGUGGGUGCCAACCAAAGGUAUGGAGGGGACGGUGGUGCACAAGUGGGUCCCCUGCCACCGUGAGACGCUCAAACGGUCCCACAUAGACAAAGUCAUAUAUCUUGUACAGAUCUCGGAUAAAUAUGUGCCAAUCUCAGAACAGGGGGUACUAGAUUUGGGGGCGGAGGUUUGACGCACGAUUAAUUACGUGAGAUUAUAUUUCUUGUGGGAGCUAACCAAAUCUUGGAUUUGUACUGCACUGACCAAUUUUUUUCGUCAACAUUCACAACGCAUCAUUCCAUGGUAAUAUAUUAUAUAUUUACACCAACACUGUUAACCACAUCUUCUCAGAUUUUUUUUUAAUCCGUGCAUAUCAUUUGACGGUGUUUCACUAUAUCUCAAUCAAAUGUAGACACUUUAACCCAAUUCAUGUUCUGAAAGAGAAAAAAAUGAAUGUUGUGUAAGUAUCAAAAAGAGCUGUGGCCCUUUUCAUUAAAAAUCAUAUAACUAAGACAAAAAAAAUUUACCAUUUUCCAAGAGCAUCUACAUUGUAGUAGAUCACAAAAACUCUUACUUUUCCAUUAUUUAGACAACAUUGUAAAUUACAUCUUACAAAAAAAAAAAUAUCUCUAUUAAACAAAAUCUUGCCAUUGUCGCAAACCAUGGGUUUUGAGUCCACAAGAGAGAAUCAAUGUUAAUCACCCCUGGGUGACUGAUGAUGAAUUUUCCAGAAUUGUGAAAUUUCAUCUUAGUCGUAAGAGUUCUUGUGAAAAGGGCCACUGUUUUAUAAUUAUGUGUUUCUGUUGGUCUUUUGUGUUGUAUAGAGAGCUGCCACUCAGACAGGUGUUGGCAGACUCUAGUAAUGUAAAUACCAAAGUUUUCUCAGUUGUAUAUCAAGUCAGGUGCUAUAUACAUUUGUAUAUAUAUAUAUAUUUGUGUAUUUUAUGUUGAACUCAAGACUGUGAUAAAAUAAACACAAAGCAUUUAGAAUGUAGACAUUAUGGUAGUUAAGUAUCUUUAAUUAUCUGCUCAGUAGUAAAUGAGUAACCAAGUUUUUAUGUGUGUGAAUAUCUUAUGGAACUUUAAAUUGGCCACCAUGUUUAUUAUAUGAUUAAAUCUAAAUGUUGUACAUUUAGUCAUUAUUUUUAGCUCUUCAGUGUUUCAUAAACAAAAAAAUUAUAUCAAUACCAUAUGCUUAACCAUGGUCAUGCAUUAGGGUAAUUUUGAUCGAUAUAAUUUUCAUUUCUUUGGUAUUUUAGCUGUGCAAGUUCUCUCUACAUUUGACUAACUUUGAAAUGUACCGAUUUCCAUACGCUGCCAUUUUUAUACCCCUGCUCCAAAGGAGAGGGGGGUAUACUGUUUACCCUUGUGUGUCUGUCUAGCUGUUCGUCCGUGUGUCCGACCGUAACUCGUCGCAGUUUUCUCAGCAACUACUCAUCGUAGAUGCUUGAAAUUUUAACACAAUCUUCUCUGCAGCAUGCCAUAUGGUGGGAUACAUUUUUGCUCAAAUCUGAUAUCAACUUCCUGUUUGUCUGUGCGUCUGUCCAUUUUAUACAUAACAAAUUUUCGUCACAGUUUUCUCAGCAACUGCUCAUUGCAGAUGCUUGAAAUUUUUACACAAUCUUCUCUGAGGCAUUUGAUACAUUGGGAUACAUUUUUGUUUAAAUCCAAUGUCAACUUCCUGUUUUUUUGUGCUCUGUCCUUUUCAUGCAUAAAAAUUUCGUCGCAGUUUUCUCAGCAACUACUCAUCACAGAUGCUUGAAAUUUUAACACAAUCUUCUCUGAGGCAUGCCAUAUGAUGGGAUACAUUUUUGUUAAAAUCUUAUGUCAACUUUCUGUUUGUCUGUGCGUCUGUCCGUUUCAUAUAUAACAAAUCUUCGUCGCAGUUUUCUCAUUAGCCAUUCAUAGCAGAUGCUUGAAAUUUUUAUUACACUCUUUUUUGAGGCAUGCCAUAUGGUGGGAUUAAUUUUGAUAUGAAUCUGAUGUCAACUUCAUAUUUUUCUGUGCAUCUGCCUGUAAUUGAACUUAUGUAUAUUAACAUAAUAGUGCUUAUUUACAUCAGAGCGGGGGUAUUACUAGUGAGCAUUGGCUCACAGAUUUCUUGUUUCGCUCAUUUCUCAAUGUCGAAUAUUUUUAUAGACCAGUCUGAUAUCAGAGGCGUUUUAGAAAAUUUUAGUAAAUCGGACAUAAUUUCCUUUUUUUGACAUUUUAAUUCUGUGUUCACCGAAUGCCAUUUUCAGGCAACGCUCAGUUUUAAUGAAAUCCAGUCACUCUGUGUUCCUUAGUUUUUGUUCACACGGAGUUAAAAUUUGCUGUAUUUUCUAAUUUACUGUUGCUUCAAGGCAGAUUUUUUGUUAUUUUUUUUUUGUCACGUCAAACCAUGUCAGAGAAUCACAUUUUCAAAAUGUCCGUCCACCUGUCUCCAUUCCUGCGGUUACAAGUAUUGGGUAUCAACUUUGUAGUACGUAGCAUAUAGGAUUAUCAAAACGUGUAAUUUUACUUUUAAUAAGGUAAGACUUUUAUGUCGCAGUAAAGGUACAAAUUGGUGUCUGAUUUUUUAUUUUGGAAAAAAUGCAUUUGAUGGUAUAUUGGGUUUUCAUUGCUUUCCUUUUCAUUAGAGCUGCUUUUAUUUAUCUAUUCUUCAUGUUUAAACAAUUUGUAUGUAUCAAACCAUACUGUAAAAUUGCUUUAUUUGAAAAGACUUCGUUUUUAUGUAAUAACUUGAGAUUGUGUGUUUGCGAAAAUUUCAUUCUCUAAUGUACAUGUAUUAGUAUUUUUAAAGAACAUAAAAAAAAUGACCAAUAUUCAGAAAAAUUUAAUAUUGCAAAAAUAACAAUCUUGCAAAAAAAGAUGUCACAAAAAAGUGAUCAUGACAUUGUGAAAUAAUCAAAACAUGUUUAAUUUUUAAUGAUUAAAUGCAGAGUGAUUAUAGAAUGUAUAAAGGUACAUUCAUAUGAUAAAUACAUUUUUUAUACCUGUAUGCAUGUAAAGAAAAGUCUGUCUGAUAUAUUUGAACAUAAUUUUAUUUCAUCACUGAUAUUCUGCUUUAAAGAAUACUAGUACCCUUCAAUCAAACUUUUGUAUAUUUUCUGUUGUACAACAAUUGAAUGGAAAGUUAGACUCCAUGGUACUUGGUGUAUGUGUGGUUACAUGAAUUUAAUAAUUAAUAUCAAAUCUUGUUAUUGUUAAACAAGUUAUAUGUAUUACAUCUAAUGUUUUGUAAUUUAUUGUCAUAUUAUGUUAACAAAAUUAAUGGAUGUGAAACAUCUAAAUAAAAACACCAAAUCAA